AUGGAUGACUGCAAUUCUGGUAUCGUUGGUGAGUCUCUCUUUCUUAAGAGCAUGAAAGAGCCUGAUCUGACCGGCGCCUCGCUUGACGGCAGUUGUAUCUGUUUGCGUCUUGACUGCAUGGCCCGACAAGCCGCCGCUCUGGUCACAGGAAACCUCGAGAUCCUCCUCAAGGCGCGACAGCACAGACUCCCCAAUUCGUAA